UGGCGUGGCGCAUGCGCAGCGCGCGGCGGCGGGGGGCGCAGCGCAGCCCCGGACAGCUGGCGGGGGUAAACAGGGCCGGGGGCGGGGGGCACGGCCGGGGCCCCGCCGCGGCCCCUGCGCUGCGUCCCGCUCUGCCCCGCAUGGAUGGAGCCUCGAAACCUCCGGUGCCCGCUGCGCUCGCGCCCGGGAGGCCUGACAGGUAACUGAACCCCUCAGGGCUGGUCCUGGCUGGAAUGCUUGGAUGCACAGCAGCUCUUCCCACAGCUUCUCUUCGUCUGCCCCACUGCAAGAAGAUGGCAAAAGCCAACAUCACCAGAGACAUCAUCCACAGGCAGAUCAAGGAGAGGGGAGCGCUGGGCUUCGAGCGCCACUACCACGUCACCGACCCCUUCAUCCGCCGCCUGGGGCUGGAGGCUGAGCUGCAGGGUCACUCUGGGUGUGUCAACUGUCUGGAAUGGAAUGAAAAAGGAGACUUGUUGGCCUCUGGCUCUGAUGACCAGCAUACCAUUGUGUGGGAUCCUCUGCACCACAAGAAACUCCUCUCUAUGCACACAGGACACACUGCAAACAUCUUUUCUGUCAAGUUCUUGCCGCACUCGGGGGAUCGGAUCCUCAUCACUGGAGCUGCAGAUUCCAAGGUGCACGUCCAUGACUUGACUGUCAAGGAGACGGUGCACAUGUUUGGAGAUCACACCAACAGGGUGAAGCGGAUUGCCACGGCUCCCAUGUGGCCAAACACCUUCUGGAGUGCAGCAGAAGAUGGCUUAAUCAGGCAGUACGACCUGCGGGAGAACAGCAAACGCUCCGAGGUGCUGAUAGACCUGACAGAGUACUGUGGGCAGCUGGUGGAGGCCAAGUGCCUGACAGUGAACCCCCAGGACAACAAUUACCUGGCCGUGGGGGCCAGCGGGCCCUUUGUGCGGCUCUACGACAUCCGCAUGAUCCACAACCACAGGAAAAGUAUGAAGCAGAGUCCUUCAGCUGGAGUGCACACGUUCUGUGACCGGCAGAAGCCCCUCCCGGACGGGGCAGCGCAGUACUACGUGGCAGGGCACCUCCCGGUGAAGCUUCCAGACUACAACAACCGGCUGAGGGUCCUGGUGGCCACGUACGUCACCUUCAGCCCCGACGGCACCGAGCUCCUGGUCAACAUGGGAGGGGAGCAGGUCUAUUUGUUUGAUCUGACAUACAAACAGCGACCAUACACUUUUCUCCUCCCAAAGAAGUGCCACACUUCAGGGGAAGUGCAGAAUGGGAAAACCUCUACCAAUGGAGUGUCCAACGGGAUCCAUCUCCACAGCAACGGCUUCCGCUUGGCCGAGGGAAGGGCACACGUGAGCCCCCAGGUGGAGUUGCCCCCGUACCUGGAGAGGAUCAAGCAACAAGCCAAUGAGGCCUUUGCCUGCCAGCUGUGGACCCAGGCCAUCCAGCUGUACAGCAAAGCUGUGCAGAAGGCCCCCAACAAUGCCAUGCUCUAUGGGAACAGAGCUGCUGCCUACAUGAAGCGCAAGUGGGAUGGGGACCAUUACGAUGCUCUGAGGGACUGCUUGAAGGCCAUUUCCCUAAAUCCGUGCCACCUGAAGGCCCAUUUCCGCCUCGCCCGCUGUCUCUUUGAGCUCAAGUACGUGGCAGAAGCACUGGAGUGUCUGGAUGACUUUAAAGGGAAGUUUCCAGAACAAGCACACAGCAGUGCCUGCGAUGCACUAGACAGGGACAUCAAUGCUGCUCUCUUCUCCAAGAGUGAUAACGCUGAAGACAAGAAGGGGGGUGGCCCCAUCCGGCUGCGAGCCACGGGCCGCAAGGACUCCAUCUCUGAGGACGAGAUGGUGCUGAGGGAGCGCAGCUACGACUACAAAUUCCGCUACUGCGGCCACUGUAACACCACCACAGACAUCAAAGAGGCCAAUUUCUUUGGCAGCAACGCCCAGUACAUCGUCAGCGGCUCGGAUGAUGGCUCCUUCUUCAUCUGGGAGAAGGAAACCACCAACCUGGUGCGUGUGCUGCAGGGAGACGAGUCCAUUGUGAACUGUCUGCAGCCUCAUCCCAGCUACUGCUUCCUGGCCACCAGCGGCAUUGACCCGGUCGUGCGACUCUGGAACCCCAGGCCCGAGAGCGAGACCCUCAACGGCCGCGUGGUCGUGGACAUGGAAGGUGCUUCCCAAGCCAACCAGCGGCGGAUGAACGCGGACCCGCUGGAGGUGAUGCUGCUCAACAUGGGCUACCGGAUCACAGGACUGACCAGUGGCGGGGCUGGAGGCUCAGACGAUGAAGACAGCUCAGAGGGGCAAGUCCAGUGCCGGCCCAGCUAAAACAGAACUGCCUCUCCUUCCUCUAAAAGAUUGGCUGAAAGGGAACCGAGUUUCCUUGGUCCUGAACUUUCUCUGGUGAAUGACUGCACUGUUUCGCACUAUGCACAGGGUAGGACAAGCUGGCAGGGGCAGGAGUGGCCGUCUCUAAACCAUCACCUCCUCCUCCUCCUCCAUGGCAGUGCAGUCCGGGGUUUGCCUUUAGUGGAAUUUAGUCCCAACAGGGGUCUUUGAGUUGUCUGUGAGCAGUGUAACUGGUGAUUAUUUUUCCAGAGCUGCUGUAUGAUCUGGUACAGGGGCUGUUGCCUGCAUUGCAGGGGGGGAUGUUAAAUUCCUGAAUAAAACACAAACCUAGGGCAGGGGUUAUGGAAUGAAUUUACUGCAGUCAUUUUGAAAGCUUAACUGUGCUACCAGCCUGUCUAGAGGCCCCAGGUUUAUGGCUGUUGGCCAUGAAACACCUGUUUUGUCCCAUAACAUCUUUCUCCUGGCUUCCAUCUCAGACACGUCAGCAGAUGUAGCUGUGCUGUACUGGGGACUGGAGCUUGCCUGUCCUGUCCCCCUGUCUUAGCUGAGGGAUCAGUGGAGGCACUGGGUGUGUGCAGCUCCAUGGGGCAGAACAAGCUUGGCUGGUUCUGAUACUCCCUCCUGUGCUCCCCGAGCCCGUGGAGGGAGGUGACAACGAUGGGCACAGGUUGGAUCAGAAGCCUAGGGCUUGUGUAGCUAAAGCUGCUGAGGAAAGGGGCAGGUGACAGCACCUCUCCAUUGCCCCAGGUGUGUAGCUGUGUCUGCUUUCUCCUCUGCACAUCACCUGUGCAGGAGCUGAGGGCGUUGUCAUUGUGUGAACAAUGCAGCUACAGUCUGCAGCUGUCACAGGCAGCAUUUUUGUACAGCCAGCUGCUCUGUCUUGGCCAAGGUGGGCCUUCCCUGCCUCUGUUGGUGUAACAUCAGAUGGAUUCGUGGUCCUCUCAGGAACCCUCCUUCCUCUUCCCACUGCCCACACCCUGACGGGCUGCAAAGCCAGGAGCACACCUGGAAACACAGCACUGUACUUCCAUUCCUUCCCCCUCCUGUAACACACAGCCCUGUUUUCCCCUCUUGCAGUUGCCAAACACUAAAUACCCCACAGAUCUUACACAGCUGUGCUACAACCACCUCUGCAGGUUGUUUUUUCUAGGACUAUCAACUAAGACCAAAGAGCCCCUGGAGAUCUGAACCGCUCUGCGCUGUCCCGUGUCUCUUCCUGCCGAAGGUCUGAACAUGUUAGCCUUGGUCCCAGGUGUGUGUGCAUGUGUGU